UUUAAAAUGACUUUAAAUUACAAAAAUGAGAAAACUUUAUAUGUUUUCUUAUAUGUUAGAUUUUUCAUAUAUGUUAUAUUUUAAUUUUUUUAAAACGACUUUAAAUUACAAAAUGUAAGUUUUUCUUAAGCAUACGACUAAAAACAUUAUACUGACAUGUAUCAAUUAAAUGGUUGAUCUGAAACCUUUCAAAACCAUAUGGAAGAUAAAAGUCAAAAUAAUAUACCUGUGGAAACAUUACUGUUCGUUUUUUUUCAAAAAUGUGUUCGGUGGAAAAAAAAGCAAGGUUUUUGUGUCAUAAUUUAUUUAAUGUCCAAUCCGAUCAAUCCAUGCUAUAUUUAUUAUAGUUUACUUUCAUAAUUUUUAAUAAAAAUUGAUCUGGUCUUUUUUUUUUUUUUUUUUUUUUUGACAUCAGUUGAUCUGGUCUAUUUGAAAGAAAUUAUAUAAUAACAACAGAAACAUUGUAUAUGUAUAAAUAAAAUGAUCAAAUAUAUAAAAACAAAAUUAUCGAUCCUAUAUACAAAUAAAUUCACUAUGUGCAAGACGCAUGUCUUAUUCUAGUUCCAAGUUAAAAUUGGAUCGACUUAUAUGAAAGACCUAGAGACCCCUAUGUGGAGAGCUACGCUUUUAUAUAAUAGAAUAUAUUUACAGGUACUUAGAGAAAAUGCAACGCGAGUCCCUAGGUGUAAUCCUUAAAAAAACAAAUAUUAAAAUUUUGAUUCUGUUGGUUUCUGUGCCGGAUCGAGAUCGAAAAGUCCGAACCUAAGGAUUGAUCCAAGUGGAGUAUUGUUACUGUGUCGCGGGCCCCACGAUACGUGGCAGGCUGGCGGUCCACGAUUAGUUUAUUUUUUUUUUUAAUUUUUUUUAAUUAGAAGAAAAAAUAAAAAAACUAAUAAAAAAAUAAAAAAUCCAUAGGAAAUUGAGCUAUAUGAGACUCACCGUUGCGGUUGGUCUUAUCCCCUUAAAAGUGCGAUAGUUUAUUUAACUAGUUGGACCCAAAAAGAUGGAAUGAGUACAUGGAUAGCAAUUUGAUAGAUAUCAUGGAUACUAGCUAAUUAUAGCUAAUCAUAUCCAGAGAAGCAAGAAAGUGAAAAUUUUAAGAUGUGGAUAUACCCUUAAGAUUCCGGAGACUUUGCUUCUCAGACAUCCUGUAUAAAUUGGCGCUGCCUAAGCCACCACAAUCACCACGACCCCUCUCUCUCUGUCCCUCUCGUUAUCAAUAGUUCUCUCUACUUCCUGCUCCUCCGCUCCUGUUCACGUAACGUACCGUAACGGUGAGAUUUUAACCACACGUUUAUAAUAUUUCGUCAUUCAAAUUCACAAACAUAUAUGUAUAACCUAAGAUAUAUUUUGUAAAUUGUUAAAUUAUUUGAUCACUGAAGAUUUAACUCGGUUAACAAGACUUUUUGUAAGAUGGUAUUCAUAAAUUAAAUUUGUCAUAAUGUGUUAACACGUGCAAAGGCGAUACUUAAUAGACCGUAAAUGUAGAUUAGUAUUAGAAUAAGUAUAAAUGUAGAUUAGUAUAAAUAGAAACAAUAGAGUUGAAAUAUCACUUCUGCUGGAUAAUGUUACGUUGAAAACGCCAUAUAGGUCACUGGUAUCUAGAAGGCAAAAUUUAAAUAUAUAAUACUAAAGUUUUAACUCCUGAAAGCAGGAGAGACAAUAAAAACUGAGAUGGCUGAACAACAACUAGGAGUGCUGAAGGCACUUGAUGUUGCGAAAACGCAACUUUACCAUUUCACGGCGAUUGUAAUAGCCGGAAUGGGUUUCUUCACAGAUGCUUAUGAUCUGUUUUGCGUAUCAUUGGUGACCAAGCUUCUUGGCCGCCUCUAUUACUUCAAUCCACUGUCAGAGAAGCCUGGCUCACUUCCCCCUCAUGUUGCGGCUGCGGUCAACGGUGUGGCUCUCUGUGGGACCCUUGCUGGUCAGCUAUUCUUUGGAUGGCUAGGUGACAAACUUGGUAGGAAAAAAGUGUAUGGUAUCACAUUGAUCAUGAUGAUCGUGUGCUCCGUUGCUUCUGGUCUCUCUUUCGGUAACAAAGCCAAGGGUGUCAUGACCACUCUUUGCUUCUUCAGGUUUUGGCUGGGAUUUGGUAUUGGAGGUGACUACCCUCUUUCUGCCACCAUUAUGUCUGAAUACGCUAACAAGAAGACCCGUGGUGCUUUCAUCGCUGCCGUGUUCGCCAUGCAAGGUGUCGGGAUCUUGGCCGGAGGUUUCGUGGCGCUUGCAGUAUCUUCCAUAUUUGACAAGAAAUUCCCAGCUCCAACAUAUGCAGUCAACAGGGCUCUCUCAACGCCUCCUCAAGCUGAUUAUAUUUGGAGAAUCAUCGUCAUGUUUGGUGCUCUACCUGCAGCCUUGACUUAUUACUGGCGUAUGAAAAUGCCAGAAACUGCUCGUUACACUGCUUUGGUUGCCAAGAACAUCAAACAGGCGACACAAGAUAUGUCCAAGGUUUUACAAGUGGAACUUGAGAUGGAGGAAAGAGCUGAAGAUAUCGUUCAAGACCCUAGACUUAACUAUGGCUUGUUCUCCAAGGAGUUCGCCAAACGACAUGGCCUUCCCCUCCUCGGAUGUACCUCGACUUGGUUCUUGCUUGACAUUGCCUUCUAUAGCCAAAACUUGUUCCAAAAGGAUAUUUUCUCCGCUAUCGGAUGGAUUCCAAAGGCAGCAACCAUGAACGGAAUCCACGAGGUUUUCAUGAUCGCCAGGGCACAAACCCUCAUUGCACUUUGCAGUACCGUCCCUGGUUACUGGUUCACGGUCGCGUUUAUUGAUAUUAUGGGAAGGUUUGCAAUCCAGUUAAUGGGAUUCUUCAUGAUGACCGUUUUUAUGUUUGCCAUUGCCUUUCCCUACGACCACUGGAUUAAACCGGACAACCGUAUCGGUUUCGUGGUCAUGUACUCCCUCACUUUCUUCUUUGCUAACUUUGGACCAAAUGCAACCACUUUCAUUGUCCCAGCCGAGAUCUUCCCUGCCAGGCUAAGGUCCACAUGCCAUGGUAUAUCAGCCGCAACAGGUAAGGCUGGAGCCAUUGUGGGAGCUUUUGGAUUCUUAUACGCAGCUCAGCCACAAGACAAGACCAAGACGGACGCAGGAUACCCACCGGGUAUUGGAGUCAAGAAUUCGUUGAUCAUGCUUGGUGUCAUUAACUUUGUUGGUAUGCUCUUCACCUUCCUCGUCCCUGAGCCCAAGGGUAAGUCCCUUGAAGAGCUCUCCGGAGAGACUGAAGUUGAAAAAUGAUUAAGGCGUCAUAUUUACAGUUCCUUUUAUUGCUUCCGGUUAACUAACUCUUGUUUAACAAUUUACUGUGUUUUGGGAUGCUUGAUCUGUUGUUUGUAUUGGUAGCUUUGCCGAACCAAUCGGUGCACUAUUUUGUACAAGUUGUUCAGUUAUCAAAGAAUUUCCAAAAAUUAUAAGCCAAUAGAAUAAUUCUGUUGGAAAUCUUCAGCCCAUUUUCGACCAUUAUCAUUAAUGUCAAAUAUCUAUAAAAUAGAACAUGUUUCUUGUAGUGAUAGCUUUGCCGAACCAAUCGAUUUAAUUUUUUAAAAAUGGUUUAUUCUUACCCAGUUGACACUUACAAUUACUUCUAAUUUCUUGUGUUAGGAUUUGUUCAAGCUGUUCGUUAGAUCUUUGCAUUUUCAGUCUUUUCCUUUUUGGCUUUGCUCCUCAAGUAAUACGUCCGCUUGCCAAAAACUCGGACAACACAUUGAAGACUUAAUUGAUCAAAACAUAUGAAUUCACGAGUGGGUUAGACGUAUACAACGCCAACAAGCACAAAAAAGCACAAGUUCUUCUAUCUCUUGCUCUCCUAGAGUCCAUGGCUAGAAAACGAAGUAAAAACCAACUGAAGUUGCACUGUUUCCAUCUAAGUUGCCGCGAUCAAUUAAUUGGUCAUAGGCCAUUUUAAGUUGGUUAUGGGAGAUCUGGUCAGCAUUAGGUUGAAGGCAAAGGGAAAUUUACCCAGUCUUGAAUCAUAAUUUUUCAGAACUCUUCACUAGCUCUUGAAAUUUACACAAAUAUAGUGAGUUCUUCAAAACCAAUGUUUUUAAACCCGACCCGGACACUAAACCGGACGACUAACCGGAUCACUGGGUCGACCGCGGAUGAACCGCGGGUUGAUAAAUGAAUUAAUUUUAUUAUAUAAUAAUAUAUUAGCUAUAAAAAUAUAAAAACUAAAGUUUAAUAUUUUCUAAAUGUCUUUAAAACAUAAAAUAAUAGUUUGGAUAUGUAUAUAUUUUAUGUUUAAAAAGUAUUUAAAAAUACUUAAUUUUAGUUUUUAUAUUUUUAUUUUCAUUUGACAUAAAAAAUAUCAAAAAUUGUUUAGACUAUUUAAAAAUUUGUGUAACAAAGUAAGAGUUAUGACAUCUAUCAUAUAUAUUUGCCUGAUACGGUUUUCUUGGAAACACUCGAACUUGUGCAGGGAACCUGUAUCUUAACUCCACACCUGCAACCAAGUUUUAUUUGACACCGAACUCCCUGAAAUCAAAGAGUUCACGAGCAGGUAAGAACUGAAACUGUUCUAUUUAGAUUCUUUUUAGUAGUCAAUAACCAUUGGAUUUCUUUAUUUUAAGAUUCCGUGUUGAGCUUGCUGUGGAUGAAGGCCAAGAUAGCGCUACGUUUGUAGUCUUCGAUAAGAAGAUGACUAAGCUCACAAAGAAAUAAGCUGCUGUUCUUGCGCUUGAGGAGGUACUUUUGGUAUCUAGGAAUACAUUUACAGUACGUUUGAAAUUGUUAUAGAAAUUCUCACCCCCCCUUGCAGCUACUAACCGACUACAGAUAGCAAACGGAGGAGUUACCAAGCUGGCUUGAAGAGCUUACUGGCAAGGAGCUUCUGUUCAAAUCCGUGUGAUACCCUACAAUUAUUAACUAUCACCGAAGAACUCAUCAUUGAGAAUCAGCCAGAGGUUAGGUUAUCUUUGUGUUGAAUAUUUUUACUUAUUCCUGAUUUAAUUUAACACCUAUCUAAAUGUAUCACAGAGGGCCGCGAACGACCUGCUUCCACUCAGUGAAGGGGAAGAUGGUUUAUCGACAGCAUCUUCUUGCGAAAUGGUUGUUGCGGCGAAGCUAGGAAGGGUGGUGACACAGCAAAUCCACCUGGAAUUGAAAACGUUGAGAAAAGCCGCAACUGCAGUCGUGAUGAUUAUAAGACGCUAUUAAUUCCACCAGCCCGUCAACCCCAGUUUCAUUAAGUGUUUUUCAAAUAUUACUAUCCUCUGUUUUUCUCAUUUGAAACUUUGGUUUUGUAACUUUUGUGUUUUUUGUUUCCUGCAACUAUUUAUCAUUCGGAGAAUAUUUAUUUUGUUUUGUAAUUGGUUAUGAAGCGUUGACGGGUUUUUCAUAAUUCAGCAUAUUGUUUACGCAUUCCAUUAAAAAUUUUUGGCAAAAAACACAACGUUGGAAAAAAAAACACAAGAGCAGCAUAAACACAGCAUGUGUUAAUGAUUUUACACGUGGAAAACUUAUGUGGUCUAUGUGUUUUUAAAUCAGAAACAAAUAUCGAUUGAUUGAAAUUAUACGGGGGGAAAUGUUUUUUAAAAUAACAAAAAAUGGAAACACUCUCAUCUAUCGAAAAGGAGUACACAACCAUGUCCGGUUUAAAUCGCUAUAAUGUCUGUUUGGCGCACGCAUUCCAUAAUAUUAUUACUACGAAUUUAAUGUCUCAACCCUUAUAAAAUUAACGGAUGAGAAAAAGAAAAGGAAGCAAAAUAAAGACGACGUGUUAACACAUGAAUGAUAUGAAUGAACUUCUAACAUAAAACAAAAUUCUUCAGUCAAUUAUCAUUGAGGAUAAUAGAGUCCGUUGAGUACAAAAAUAAUAUAUUGAUUAUUGAUCUGGGUUAUAAUAAAAUUAUCAAAAAUCUAUGACAUCCUAAUCAGUUCAGAGGUCUUAUAUUUUUUAAAACAUUUAAAAACUCAGAAUACUGUUUAAAUAUAUAUAACGUAGAGAAAGAAAUAUCAAACGCUCCAACAGUUCAGUUUAUACGUGAGACCUUAGAGCUAUUAACGUGGUACUUUCAAAGCACCUCAAAUAAGUGUCUUCAAAACCAAAACACAACAUCACCCACGCAUAUUUCUAUAGGAACAAUUAUAUCACCGACCCCCGCGCUUGCGCGGGGGGAAUAAGCCCCUAGUAUUUUGUAAUGGUGCACUAUUUUGUACAAGUUGUUCAGUUAUCAAAGAAUUUCCAAAAAUUAUAAGCCAAUAGAAUAAUUCUGUUGGAAAUCUUCAGCCCAUUUUCGACCAUUAUCAUUAAUGUCAAAUAUCUAUAAAAUAGAACAUGUUUCUUGUAGUGAUAGCUUUGCCGAACCAAUCGAUUUAAUUUUUUAAAAAUGGUUUAUUCUUACCCAGUUGACACUUACAAUUACUUCUAAUUUCUUGUGUUAGGAUUUGUUCAAGCUGUUCGUUAGAUCUUUGCAUUUUCAGUCUUUUCCUUUUUGGCUUUGCUCCUCAAGUAAUACGUCCGCUUGCCAAAAACUCGGACAACACAUUGAAGACUUAAUUGAUCAAAACAUAUGAAUUCACGAGUGGGUUAGACGUAUACAACGCCAACAAGCACAAAAAAGCACAAGUUCUUCUAUCUCUUGCUCUCCUAGAGUCCAUGGCUAGAAAACGAAGUAAAAACCAACUGAAGUUGCACUGUUUCCAUCUAAGUUGCCGCGAUCAAUUAAUUGGUCAUAGGCCAUUUUAAGUUGGUUAUGGGAGAUCUGGUCAGCAUUAGGUUGAAGGCAAAGGGAAAUUUACCCAGUCUUGAAUCAUAAUUUUUCAGAACUCUUCACUAGCUCUUGAAAUUUACACAAAUAUAGUGAGUUCUUCAAAACCAAUGUUUUUAAACCCGACCCGGACACUAAACCGGACGACUAACCGGAUCACUGGGUCGACCGCGGAUGAACCGCGGGUUGAUAAAUGAAUUAAUUUUAUUAUAUAAUAAUAUAUUAGCUAUAAAAAUAUAAAAACUAAAGUUUAAUAUUUUCUAAAUGUCUUUAAAACAUAAAAUAAUAGUUUGGAUAUGUAUAUAUUUUAUGUUUAAAAAGUAUUUAAAAAUACUUAAUUUUAGUUUUUAUAUUUUUAUUUUCAUUUGACAUAAAAAAUAUCAAAAAUUGUUUAGACUAUUUAAAAAUUUGUGUAACAAAGUAAGAGUUAUGACAUCUAAAAAAUCAAGAUAUAAUAUUCAUAAAUAUUUAAAUAAGUGAAUAUUAUCAUUCAGUUUUUAAACUUUUAAAAGAAAACUAAUAUAUUUUAAAUGAAGAAAAUCAAAAUAUAGAUGAAGAUCUUAAAAAGUUGGAACUUGAGAUUGAAAAUCUUAAUGUCUAAUGUGAAUAAUAAAUAAAACUUCAAAUUCAAAAUAAACCAAAAAUAAAAGAUCAUUGUAAUAAAUUGUCAAUAUGAGAAAUAAACUAACACCAAAUCACAUCAACUAAUUUUGGUUCUCUCUACCAUCGUUCAUUUCAUUUCUUUUGGUGGAAUAAUGAAAUCUUCAUCAAAAUCUUGAAAUCAAAAAUAUAAAACUGAAAAGGGAAAACCUAACUUUUUUUCGUCAGCACCUAAGUUCUUAAUUGGAAACUUAGAAUAUAAAACAUAAUCUAAAAAAAAAAAAAAUUUAUUUAUUGGUUCAACCGGUGUCGGGUUCUGGGUUUUAGUGGAUUUUUGCGGGUUUCUAAAUAUUGAAUUUUUCACAAAACCCAAACCGGAUUUUUUCUGGAUCAUCGUAUUUACCGAUUCAACCGCGGAUCCGGAUUGGGUUUCAAAACACUGUUCAAAACCCUAAUUGCUUCAAUUUCCCUCGAUUUUUUUUUUGGUGGCGGGUAUUAUUUUUAUUUUAUAAAUGUAUAAUCAAUGUAUAAUUUUAAUAUAAUUAUAAAUAUUAUAAAUCUAUAAUUUAUAAUUUAUUUUAUAUAUAAUGUAAUUCUAUAUUUCUAUUGUUUAUAUGUUUAUUUGUCAUUAUUAAUAUAUAAAGAUUUGUUAUAUUCAUUUUAUUUUGUUAUUAAUUGUUAUUGCAUAGAACAUAACAUCUAAUUCAGUAAAAUAAAUUCAUAACUUGAAAUAAUCAAAUAGAUAAGCUCAUUCAAAAUAUUUUUUUUAUAUUUUCACAGAUUUCAGACAAAAUAUUUUAAAAUUUAUUUAGCUACACUAUAGAACACAUAUUUGUUUAGGACCAUUUUAAUUUUAUUUUUGUUUUUCAACAAAUAUAAUUUAGAAUCCACAGUUUUAGUAUAUAGCAGAAUUUUGUAAGUAAAUUUUAUAUAUGUUUUACAAAUUUUAACCUAUUUUAAUGGUGAAUGAUAUUUUAACUGAUUUUUUUUUAAAUAAAAGAAAAUAUGUUAAUUUAUUAAUUUAAUUAAAUUUUUAUAUUUAAUUCAUAUAAUACUUCUUGUUAAUAUAAUAUAGGCUAUAAUUAGAAAGUUUAUGAAAAUAACAUCUAAUUUUUUUAUAAUAAAAUAUUAAUUAACAUUGAUUUUAUAAAUAUUAUACUUAUAAUUACGAAAUUAAUUAAUGCAUUAUUAUGUAAAAAUAUUUAAUUUUAGUAAAACGUUUUUAGAUUUUUUUGUCAACAUAUUUUUUAUAAUUAAAAAUAAUAUUUAAACAUUCUUAUAGUGAAGUUGUUAGGGUAAUUUUCAUGUUUACACCACUUUAUUGUUACUCUUAUUUAUGUUUACCAUCACUAAAUAGACAUUUUUAAAAAUAUUUUCUUCAUUUAGAGGUAAAAGACUCUUAUAUUCUUACUCUAUAAAUAUAUAUAUAUAUAAAUAACACGGAAUUUUCAUGUUUACCAUUUUGUUUAUACCAUUAUUCAUGUUUACUCACUAAAUAGACAUUUUCAAAAAUACAUUCUUCAUUUAAAGGCAAAAACUCUUAUACCCUUACUCUAUAUUUAUAUAAUAAAUAAUAAUUUAAAUAAAUAAAACCAAAAUAAUUUUUCUUUAUGUUUUAGAAUUAUAUUCAAAUUUAAACUAUUUUAUAAAUUUCUUUUUCUUUAAUUUUUUCUAUUUUUUCAAAUUUUCUUUUUGAAAUUCGAAAAUUAUUUUUGAAACUAUUUUCUUAAAAUUGUCUUUUUUUAAGUAUUUAUUUAUAUAUUUAUUAGUCACUUAAACUUCAUAUUCUAAAAAUCCUACCCACCCUCAACUCUAAAUUCUAAGUCAAAAUUGGUCAACCCUACUCCUAGGGUUAUAAAUAUAUUUUUUCUCUUUCCCCUUCAUUCGGAGGUAGAGGCUUUGAUUUGAGCAAUGGAAUGAAUGAAGAAUUUAAGACAGUUCCAGGUUACGUUUGCAACGGAUUGUUCUCAAUUGGUGAAGAUGGUUUCGGAACCUGAAAAAUGACCAGCAUUUGAAAGCUAUUUGGAAGAUAUCAAGCUCCUCAAAGGAAGCUUCCUCAACUCAGACAUCGUCCAUGUACCUCGGACGGCGAAUCAUCGGGCGGAUAGCUUAGCAUGUAGUGCAAGAAAGCAACUGUCCUUUGUCGUUCACAUGGAUGCGAAGUUACCAAUAUGGUUUACAAAGUCAACAUGAGUUUGUAAAUUUCUUGCUGUCAAAAAAAUAAAAUAAAUAUAUAUAUAUAUAUAUAUAUAUAUAUAUAUAUAUAUAUAUAUAUAUAUAUAUUCUCUUUAAAAGUGAGGGUAAAAGUAGUUAAGGUAAACAUGAAAAGUGGUAUUAUGAAUGUGGUAUUUUUGGCAAUUUCUCUAUAAUAAAAAUUAUUUAAAUAAAUAAAAAUAAUAAAUUUUUUAUGUUUUUGAAUUAUACUUUUUCAAAUUAGAAAUUUGUUAUAAUUUUUUUUUUGUGUUUUCAAAACUGUUUUUUCAAAUUUCCUUUUUGAAAUUCAAAUAUCUUUUUUUUGAAACUAUUAUAAUUUAUAAAUUUUUUAAAACCUUAAACUCCACAUUCCAAAAAUUCUACUCUCACUCUCAACUCUAAACCCUAAGUUUAGAUUAGUUAACACUAGCGUUAUAAAUGUCUUUUCCCCUCUUUAAAAUGAUGAUACAAGUGGUUAAUGUAAAUAUGAAACGUGGUACUAUGAGUAUAGUAUUUUUGGCAAUUUCUGAAGUUGUUAUAUGUGUUGAUUAUAUAAGAUGUGAUAUCUUAAUGAUACCAAAAUAUUAAUUAGAAAUACAUGAAAAGGAAGACCCACUUUUAAAAAAAUCAUACAUAAAUAGAAGUAAAUAGAAGUCACAACUUCUAUUUUAAUAGAAUAGAUAGUAAAAAUGGGAAUGCUAUAAAAAUUAUA